AUGUCUUUAUCUGAAUACGAAAACAUUCCUAAAACUUUCCGUCCAAUUAUAACAUUCUUAUAUACUCCCUUAGUUCAUCCGAGUCAACACUCAAAGUCAUUUUUUUCAUUCCCGAACAUCUUUUCGUUAUCGCGAAAAAAGAGAAAUACCAAAGUUUACAUUUAUUUCAAAGAUUUCCAUGAUAUUCCAAUUGAAUUUUUAUCAGCCAUAUGCAAAUACCUUGAACCCUCAGAUCUUUUUGCUUUGUCGGGCGUUUGUAAAAACCUUCGAACCCUUUUGUUAGAUAUUGAAUUACCUCAAAUUCAAGAAUUAUGGCAAAAGUCGAGAGAAGAAUUCUCGCCUUUCCUUUCUCUUCCUCCGCCACAGGGUAUGACGGAACAGGAAUAUUUCCAGCUUAAUGAUCUUUCUCGUGGCUGCCAAUUCUGCGGUCAACGCAAACGCUGGGUUUCAGUAGAAUGGGCAUUCCGUGUACGUACCUGUGAAGAAUGCUGUGUCGUUCGUUUCGUCAAACGCCCAACAAUUGACAAAGAAGAAUUGCGACAACGUGAACACAAUGAAAAAAGAAGAUUGGAAUUCAUUUUUAACCAUCGAAAGCAGCGCUUAAGCGAAAUUAUGGAUGAACUCGAAACCGAAAUAUUGGACGAUAACGAAAGCAUAAAGAGUGGAUACAGUGGUCGCUCUUCUUUGAACGGUGGAACACUAAAAUUUGAUUCAAAUAUACUCAGAAAAUGCCCGGUGUAUUCGGAAGAACGAAAACUAACUUACCGACCUUUCACAAAAAGAGAUGAGUCAAGAUUUAUGCAAACGAUUGACUAUGAAUACCAAAUUUUAGUAAAGCAUUACGGCGUUGUUUCUUCUUAG